GCUUGCCAAUCGUGUCUCGUCCUUCUCGCUCCGAUGGCAGGCCUCAGCGCUCGCAAACUGCUUCUCCAUGCAGCUGUACUCAUUGCCGGACUACGUGCAUCUCAGGCGCGCCUUCACGAUGGACGCGCUCACGGCAAUAUGAUGCCUCAUCCGCAGGUACCCAAGGUGCCUAUGGAGAGUGUAGGGCCUGUCGUCAGUCGUAAUGGCACGGAAUUGCCACCAUACGACACGGUAUACUACUUCGACCAGCUCAUCGAUCAUAACAAUCCAGGACUAGGCACCUUUCAGCAGCGCUACUGGCACACCUACGAGUUCUACGAGGAGGGCGGCCCCAUCAUCCUCUCGACCCCUGGCGAGGGUAAUGCUGAUGGAUACGACGGAUACCUUACAAACCGGACGAUCAACGGCCUGAUUGCGCAACAGCAGAACGGAAGCACAAUCGUCCUCGAGCAUCGCUUUUAUGGGUAUUCAAACCCGUACUCCGACCUGACCGUGAACAGCCUGAAAGUGCACACUAUCCAGCAAGCCAUCGACGAUCUCGUGUACUUCGCCGAGAACGUGAAGCUUCCAAUGCCGAAUGGUGAUCAGGUUGGCCCGGACAAUGCUCCCUGGAUCCUUGUCGGCGGAAGUUACUCUGGUGCGCUUACCAGCUGGACCUUAGUCGACACGGGCGACGUUUUCUGGGCGGGCUACGCAAGCUCCGCCGUGGUGGAAGCGAUCUUGGACUUCUGGGCCUACUUCGAACCCAUCAGGGAAAACAUGCCGAAGAACUGCUCAGCAGACGUUCAAGCUGUUAUCAGCUAUGUCGACGAAGUAUUCACUGGUACGAACCAAACUGCCAUCGAAGAAGUCAAGGAUGCCUUUGGAUUGGGCGCAAUCACACACCUCGAUGAUGCGGCUGGCGCUCUGCGCAACAACUUGUGGGAUUGGCAAAGCCUGCAGAUCACAUCUGGGCCGAACGCGCAGUUCUACCAGUUCUGCGACGCCCUCGAGGUCGACGCCAGUGGCACGCUUGCGCCGGAAGAGGGCUUUGGGCUUGAGCACGCCUUUGCGGCUUGGUCUUCGUACUUCAAGAACACAUAUCUUCCAAGCCUUUGCGGCGAUACUGACGCUGAGACAUGCCUCGGAACGUAUGAUCCUACCCAGACGUACUACACGGACACUUCCAUAGAUCAAGCCUAUCGGUCCUGGUAUUGGAUUGUUUGCAACGAAGUGGGUUUCCUACAGGACGGCGCACCCGAGGACCAUCCGUCGCUCGUAACCCGCCUCGUACAUCCCGAGUACGAUCUUCGCCAAUGCCAGUACAUGUUCCCGGAGGCGUUCCCAGAGCCGCCGGUAACGCAAAUCAAUCGGACCAACACCGAGUACAAGGGAUGGGAUGUCCGCGAGCAGCGCCUCUUCUUCGCCAAUGGUCACAAGGACCCAUGGCGUGAAGCCACGAUGUCUGCCAGUGGCCUCAAUGUCGCCAGUACGGCUGAGCAGCCCAUCAUGAUCAGCGACGGCAUCCACUGCUCGGACCUGGGCGCAUCUUCGGGUAGAGCGGACCCUACCGUCAAUGCUGUUCAGCAGGGCGCACUGAAGUCAAUGGCGACCUGGCUGGCGAAGUGGAAGAAGCCUGCCGAGCGUAAGCGAAGCACAGGCGAGAAGAGGGUCGGCCCCGCGCGUCGUGCGGACUCGUCUUCGGCGGCGUCCGACGAUGCGAAGUCUGCCCGUCCUGUGAAUGCUUGGUUCAAGGACGUUGGGUCCUUCUAAGUACUCAUUUGGGGUACAGAUACAGAUGUGGAAUUAGAGUAUUAAAUAUCUGAUUUCACUUGAGAUCA